AUGCCCUUCCGCGCAUUUCUCUGUCUUCUUCUGCCAGUGAUUCUGAUGGCGGACACUGAAUUCCACGUCAAUCACUGUGUCCUCCGAUGCAAAGAUAAUCACAUGAGAGAGGUAAGUCAACGAUUCCGCUGAGAAAGUAAGGCUGUCGGUAGAACUCUAGUUUUUGUUUCGAACGUUUGAUAUUUCUGUCAUUUCACUUCCCAUGCCCUUAGCGCUCAACUCCCCGUAGAAACACCCCACCUAACGUCCUGAUUAUCUCAGAUGGACAACGAAUGGUCGCACGAUUUCACACUUCCCCUGCUCAACCUGCUCAAAACGACUGGAAACGAAACUGCAGCUUUCAUAAAGGCGAAGGCCAUCUGCACGUAUGUUUUCUUACCCAAAAGUGUCUCUUAUUCGGCCGACGUCUCCUGGGACGAACCCGUUCCAAAAUGAGCCGCAAAACGGAAGAAAUGGGUUCGACGCCGUCUUUGCAAAAAGGGUUAUGAGGUGCCGAAUUGGGUGUGUUAAUGGAUUAGGAAUGGGGUUCGUACAGCAAUUGCGAGAAGCACUGAUAGGUCUUUAGAAGCAACGGACUUCUCGAAAUGUGCGUCAACAACUGUAACACAUCCCAAGAAGUAUCCAUAAUUCUGGCAGGGAUCAGAUCAUGGCACGAUGCCUGCAACAACUUGGAAGGUUGAUUGUUCCGAAGAGAACGAAAACAACUGUCAGUUUAAGAAGUUCGUGCUCAAUUCCCGUGCUGGAAAGAGAACGGAGAACGACUUUCGAGUGUCUGCAGGGACCAGACAGUGCGAUUGGAAACGGACAUGCUCAAGUUCGCAAAGAAUCAGACACAAGAGAACAUUGACACUAUUUGCAUGUGAGAAAUUGCCAAUGGGAACUGUAAACAGCCGUGCUUUCCAGGGAUUUCGAGCACUUCUCGCAUUGCUUCAUCCAAGAGCACGGAAAGUACUGUGGUUACCGGAGCGAAGUGGUGAGUGGAGACGCAACAAACACAGUAAAAUCGCCGAGUUCAGAUCACGGCGAGAAUGUUCGAGAACAACCGGGAAGCCAUGUUCAAGAUGCUGAAGAUCCGCUGGAACACCCUGCCCGCCUCCUGCAAGUACACUCAGCUGCGAAGAGACACUUACUCGAGCGACCGGUAUAAUGAGAACAACGCUGUUUCACAGAGAAUCGCUCUUCUCACCGUACUUUUCGCAUUCUCUUUUUGAAUAAAUCUUCCCGACAGAUUUCACAAUUGUUACUGUUCUUCCUCUAAAGAUCACUUUUGGAGAAGUCCAUUUUCGCUGCAAAAAAAGAGGUAGAACUCCUUUGCAUUCGCUUGAGCUGCCUGAAUAUUGGGAAACGGUUUUGAAAUGGAUCAUCUCCUAGCUUUCUGUAAUGCCAACUCUCUGUUUCCCGACAGGGGCAACAAACUUUAUCUACUUUUUUGUUAUAUUUUUUAAUACUCGACAGUAACAAAAAGCACAGACUUGAGAGCUAUAAUCGCAUUCAUUUCAGUUUGCAAAUCCGACCUCGUUCGGAGCCAUCCAUCCGCCAGACGCUCUUCUCGUCCUCUUUGCCAGGUGUCCCUGCCCUUUCUCUCGCAAAUCGCUCGUUGCCUUUCCUCUUUCUUUUUCCCUUCCGCGCGGAGGACUCACUUCCGAAACGAAAGGUUUCCCACACAAACGCCUUAAUCAAUUCGCCCGUCGCUCGCCUCGGUUCCCCAUGGCAACGGGCGAAGUGCGCGUCUCGCAUGCCUGCCCCUCCACUUCCAAUUCCACUCCUUCCGCCUCUCUGCAUGCUCAUUUCUAGUCUUCUGGGAAAUAAAUAUGUGAGUGAUACGCUUUCAGAAUGUUGUUUGAUAGGCGAAAGUUCAGGGUUUCCGCGAGGUAUCCUAUUGAGACGUGGAGUCGGCCACAACUCGAAGAUCAUUUUCAUAAUGUAGUCGAAGAGUUACAGAAUGCACAGAAAAAGGUUAAAGAGCAGGAGAAGCAGAUUACAACGUAACUAGUCAUUCCGUUUUGAGGUUCAUGUUUCACCUUUUCAGCUUUAAUAGUAGGUUCCGAAGGAAUCUUCUUGAGAGAAAGAGCCGGGUUGAGAAGGUGGUCGAACGGUCGAAGUACGACGACGUAGUCAAAGAGAAUCAGAUACUUGACAUGAAGUUGAAGGCAGCGAAGCAACAGCUUCUCAUCUACACUGCCCCUUCUGCUCGCGCUGCGACGGCUUCCAUGAUGACCGGAAGGUCGACGUUCCGGCAGCCUCCGUCCACGUGGCGACAGAGACCUCCGUUGACCGCCGGCACUGGGUCCAUCGACAGACCACCCACGGCACCUAUAAUCAGAAAGUGAGCGCUUCCCGGUUAAUCUGUAAACACUUUUUUGCUCAGAAAGUCAUCAGAAGGGGAGAAGCUCCAACUCGCCACUGAUGAAAAGUUGACAAUAGUAAGAUUGAAUCGGACGCUGAAGAAUAAGAAUGAUGAAAUCGCCGAGUUGAAGUACACGAUUGAAAAGUUGAAACAAGUCAGUUAAUAUUUAGUUCCAACUUCUCACUGUUUCCUUUCAGCUCCGUUCAACCGACUCUGCUCCACCUUCCAGAGGAUCAACUUCUUCGUCGAAGAGAUCUUCGAACAACAAUAAUGACGACGACGAAGAAGGAGAGGAACUGUCUGAAAUGUCUGAAAUGAGUGAUUCGGCAAGGUCAGCGACUCCAGUUAUCGAGGAAAAGAAACCGAGCAAAGGCUCGAAUGGGAACAAGCAGCAGUUAUCAGUUUCUGCUCAAAGGAUCGCGGACCAGAAUGAGAAAGUGUUGAUGGACAAGUUGAGAGUGGCCGAGAAUGAUCUGCAAAUGCUCAGAGAAGAGUGUGAACUGGUGAAGAAAGCGAACGAACGACUGGUGCAACAGUAAGACCCUUCUUUUCCCAUGUCAAAUCUAAUGCGUUGCUGUUCAGGUCUCUAUCGAAGUCAACAGAAUACGGAGCACGUGAAAGUAUCGAAGAGAAGAAGAAGAAUGUAGCGUUGGAAGAGCAGUUGAAAGAAACGGAGCGAAGAAUAAAAGAGAGCGAGCACAGGAGAAGGGAAGAUCAGAAGAAGUUCGAGGCGAUGCGAGUGCAUUACAAAGAGAAGUACGAGGCGGCGAAAGCGGAAAGGAAACAGACAAGUGCUCCGGUGACAGCCAAAGCGGAAGAGGACAAACGGAGCGAUUCACCUCCUCCGAUGAUUUACGAGCCGAUUCGGAAGCGUCCAUCUCAGGGCGAAAUCAGCAGAAUGCGAAGGGCGGACGACGAUCUGCUGCAGAAGUUGUACAAGGAAGUGGCGGACAUUCUGCAGUCGCACGACGUCGGAAUAGCAGAUAUGACGAGUCUCGGAGCAGGAGCAGGAGACAACAGUCUCGGCAGAUGGCAGAAGUUGUAUGCAGAGUUGUACGAGGAACUGGAGAAGAUUAGGAACAUGCUCGUGGUACAGUACGACAUAAAUCAGAAGCAGUCGAAUGAAGUGAGUAAGGGAAACGGUCUUUGAAUCAUGGGAAUGUUCCAGAUUCGAAUUUUGAAAGAUGAGCUGGAACGGAUGAAACAAUUGAGUGCGGAGAUGUUGUCGAAGGCGAAGGAAGAGAUUGAAGAGAAGCAGAAAAAGAUAUUCCAGCUGGAGGAGCAGAUCAGAACGAUCGCCUACUCGGGUCAACAGCCUGUGAAGCUUCUGAGCAACCAGCUGAACCUUCCCACUCUGAGCAUUAACACAGAUCUCUCGGUCAAGCUGAUCCACGUGAAACCAGCUGCUUCUCUGAUUUCCAAGUUCUUUUUCUCUUUGGAAUUCUUCGAUUUCCAACUGGAAACCACUCCGAUCAUGGAGCCGAAACAACAAAAAAUGGAUUUCACAACGGUUUAUGACGUGCUGGUUUCGAAUCUUCUCAUCCAUUAUCUUCAAACCGUAUUAAAUCGAUUCUAAAUAUGAACAAUAUUAUCUUCUUUCAGAACGGCAUCACAAUCGAAAUGUACCGCCCUGCGAGUGACUCUUUCAAACUGCUCGCCGCCGCCACAAUCUCGCUGAUUCCUUUGUUCGAAGAGAAUGUCAUUCAGAAGUUCUGCUCGGAAAUCAUUCUGAAAUCCGUGGAGACUGGAGUCGAAAUGUGUACAUUGAGAUAUGAAAUUGAUAUUUCGCAGCCAAUAUCUGACAGUUUCACAAAGUUUAAAAGGAGUGAAACUGCUAGGAAUAUGAUGCCGUUGAAGUUGGAGACGGAACAGAAAGAGGAGGAUAGCUUCGAGCCGUUGACGAUUAUGGUGAACCGAGUGGUGGGCUUGGAGACACUCGCGAAGGACUCGGCCGAGUUCUGCGUCGUCUACGAAUUCCUCUCUUUCUCCCCUUACUUCACUGACUUCUCCAGCAGCCCCGAAGUCCGAUCGAAACGCGACUGUCAUAUUCCGAAGACGGAUUCUGCCAGAAGUCUCUUUACUAGCUCUGUAGGAUUUGUUUUCUCUCCAUCAACUCAUUAUUUUGUUCCAGAACAUUUCCUUCUUCCUAAUCGAAAACAUUCCAAAGCAGGACGGGGUUAUCGCCACGCUUCACUUGCCCCUUCAUCCGUUAUGCAAAUUGGGAGGUUCAAUCAAAGGAGUGUUCCCAAUGCUUGACGUAGUUUCGAUGAUCUUCGAUCUUCCCAAAGAACGCAGUUUUGUUGCAGGUGAAUGGUCGUGCUAGUUCAGUUUCCUUGGAUAUCUGUCUCCUCUGGAAGCACGAAAUCCCAUCGUUCUUCGUGAAACCGGAAAGAGAGCCGGAAGCCAGUCAGCCAGUCGUCGCUCCUCCCCGGAGAACGUCCAAACAGUUCGAUGUGACUCCGGUCAAGGAGAACGAGCCGAUCAUCCGGGAGGAACUGCCCGGCUCUCCGGCAGUUGCUCCUCCGACCAGCGAGCCCACCCCAAUCCUUCCGAUCUCAUCCAUUCUCCCUCGAACUUUCUCUGAUUCCUCGUCGGAAUCCUCAUUCUCCGCAAACUCCAAAGGCUUGUUCAGUCCUCCGGCACGAGUAAGCCAUUUAGAAACGAGUUCAUUUCAAAACCAAUCCUCCUUUCAGAAUAAGCCAGCUGCUUUCGACUAUCAUCUGCCAGUGGCUCCGGACGGAGACAUUCAGGACGGAGUAGUUUAUGAUAAUGAUGAAGAGUAAGUUGUUUAAUUCGGUUCAUGUUGACCGCUUCUGAUUGUUUCAGAGUAGAGUCCGUCUCUGCGAAAUCGUCUCACCGAGAACCUGAGCCCAUGUUCGAUUAUGCUCCCCCGAAACCUCUUCCUUCCCUUCGUGUGGCUCCGGCCAUACCUGUCCUUGCACUUGAAGAGACCGAACAAAAAGAAGAAGAAUCUAAAGAAGACUCACCGAUAAGCGUAAAAUCUGCCUCUCCAACUGAGAGUCAAGGAGAAGAGACUCCCCGGCCGGCAGUUGAGGAGGAGGGGUCCGUGAAGACGAGAGAAUCCACGCCACCCACUCAAAGAUCAUUGGACGAAGCAGUGGAAGAAGAAGGGAUAGACAAAGAGGGAGAUAAGAAGAAAGAGUUGCAGACGGAAGAGCUCAAGAGCCUUCUGGGCGUGCUUCCUCCGAUUGCAAAGCCUCGGAACAUCCCAGUCGGACCCAUCUCUCUCACAGAACCGCCGAAAAAACCACCAGCCAAAGCUCAGAGCACGACAGGCCGCAUUGAGUUCACGAAUCCGCUGCACCAUUCUAUUCCCGGUAACUCACUCACUUUUUAUUCCAUUCUCCGCGUUCAUUCGCCCAAUUCCAGCAUCUGAAUCUUCAAAUACAUCGACGCCUCGUCGUGCCGAGAAACCACCAGUCCCUCUGUUGGAAUACGAAGGCCAGAGUCUGAUCAAAGUGCAGAAACCAGAGUCGCCAGUGGACAAGGAUGUAGUGGAGCCGGAGAUGAAAGUGGUGAUCGAGUUAGAGGCGUUCGAACUGGUGCCCCGAUCAAGUUUGACACCGUGGACGAGGGAGGACACUCAGUUCUACGUGGAUUGGUGCUUCCUGGACUUUGACAAUGAGCAAUCGAAGAGCAGUGUUUUCGAUUUCCCCAGAAGACCUCAGGAUAAUGUUGAUAUCAGUUUCAGUAAAGGUAUAAUCAGAUUCAAAUGAAUUGGUUCAUGUGAGAGUAACUUUAGAAUACGUUCUGACACGUGGCCAAGUCUCACUUCUCAAUCAAUGGAUCCAAGCGAGCGUGAAAUUCGAGCUGACAGUGAUCAAGAUUAGCCCUGGGGAGGAAGAGGAACUGGGCUUCGGAAGCAUCAUCCUGGUUCCCAAUAACACACAAAACAAAUCAAUUGUGAUUGAAAGUAGGCUCAUUCCUUAGGAAUCUUCGCAACAGACAACUGUUUUCAGUUUUCGACCGAAAUGGAAUCGUUCAGGCGGAGCUGCAGCUCACAAUCCAGUUCUCAAGAGCACUUUUAGAACAAUUGAAUUGA